AAUAUGUAUAAAAAGGCGCGAUGUUUUUGUUUUCAAAAAUGUGAAACGUAAAAAUCAUAUUAUUCAAUUGUUUACCUUGUAUUGAAUGCCAGUUGCAUGAGAAACGACAUUUUUUUCUGAGAAAAUAUCUAGCUGCUAUUCAUUAUGGCGGAUCCCCCUCCAUUAGUGCUUUGUAUGGACAAUAUAAAUGGGGAUGAGGUUGCAUUAAAAAUCGAACCUCAUGACGAUUUUCGGCUAUUUUUGGACAAGGCUAAAUCAAUGCUAGGCUUCGAAAUCGACAUAAACUCCAUCACUGGUAACCAACCGGUGUCCUUGGACGAUAACAUUUAUCAAUUCCUCUUAAAUGCUGAACAGAAUAUAGCCAACUGUGGCCUCCGACAGGCGUACGACACGUCAGAUGGAAAUGCCAAUGAUGACCUAAUGUAUGUACUUGAUGAUGGAACGCAAAUUAGGGCGUCCCUAAUCCAUUUUGACAAUGAAGAUCCCCUAAUCGAUUUAACAUUGGAAAAAAUACCCUUCGUUAAAUAUACGGACGGCUCGGACGACCAUAAUGAUAUAAGUGCUGAUAACAUAAGCAUAAAGGACGUGAAUAUAGAGAGUCCUGUGUCCAGAUGGUCUAGUAACAACUCGAGUCCAAAGAGCUUCGUCAAUAGCCUACCGUUCAAACUGGUCUGUAACAACACAUCCAAUUUCGAGGCUCAAUUCACAAAAUACCUAGAGUCAAGUGCUAAAACGUACACUGUUCUAAAUCCAGUCAACAGAAACGUGUCUCCCACAAGAAUUAUUAAGGAUAAUUUCAAAAACUAUGACGACAAUUGCCCCAAGAGCGAUAUAUUUACGCGCGAAGAUAUUCUGAACAUGUUUAAAGAUUCGCCAGUCACGUCCCUACCGUACGAUAAAAGUAUGAAUUACGAUAAACGAAAGCAUGUGCGCAAAACGGAUCCAACGAGAGUUGUCCACAAGAAUUGGUAUAAAUCCAGCUUGGAUUCCGGCCAGAACCAGGACUGUUGCAUUUGCGGGAGGAUCGUCGAGAACAAUCUGGAAAAGAUGUACCUGUUCGAUAACGAAGACCAACGGAUACACAGGUGUUCGCCGCAGAAAAGGAUGGCCAUGCAGUUGAAGAUCAUUUGUGAACAAUGCUUAGCUGACAAUUUCAAGUUGUGUCUCGUCAAAAGCCCCAACGAAGCGUUGAAUAGCGACGAAUACUUAGUCAUAAAAAACAACCAGCAGUAUAUAUUUCAGAACGUAACGGAUAUCGACUUGAAGCGGCGGUGCUUCGACCAUACCAAAGACAAGAUGGAGGAUACCAUAGAUACAGUUGCCGCUCAGAAGAGUUCUAGCGACGUGGAGAUAGUAGAACCGGAAAUGGAGAUUGACAAGGUGAUAGACAAUUUGGAGGAAGCGGACGAGGAUGUGAAGGAGUUUUUGGGGAAAUACCAGAAUGAUAAAAUCGAUGAAUUGAAAUGCAGGUUUUGCGAUAGAAUAUUUUCGAUACUUGAAGAAGUUAUUGACCACUGCGAGGAACAUAAGCACGAUUUGCCCGAAGGCAUUGUGUAUCCCUGCCCGUUGUGUGAUUACGGUUACGCAAAUUCAAAAUGGCUGAAAGGCCACAUAAAAGCGGCACACGAUAAGCCCAAAGGAGACACUCUGGAAGAUGGUAAAAAGGAGGAAAAGGCAAACGCCUCGAAGGAAUCUUCGCCCGUAGCCAAAAGGACGAGAAGUGCCGUGAAGAAGGAAGUAGAUUCAGACACCAAAGACGAAGAUGGCAGUAAAAUCGUGACAACUGGGGUACCCACCCUCGAGCUGGAGACUGAGGUGAAGCAAGAGGCGCUGGAUAGUGACGACGAAGACAUCUGGAUAGUGCACACCGGUGAUGACGCGCAAGAGGAGCAACUACAGAACCUGCUUAAGCUUAACGAGCCUGAGAGCAGUCAAAACGCUUUGACGAAACAUAAAUGUUUCAACUGCAGUCGCAUCUUCCCAACUGCGGAGAGUCUUACCAUACACAAAUGUCGUAAGCGCGGUAGAAGGAAAAAAUCCCCCGCUGGACCGUCCAAACUGUAUGUGCCGACAAAAGAGGACUUUUUGAAGAGAGCUCAAGGCAGGCCCAGGCAAACUAGCAACGCUAACGAUAGCUUAUUGAAAGUUCGCAAGAAGCGCGGCCGCGCCGACAGCCCGCAAAUAGUCACGUGCCACAACUGCAACGAAUCCUUCACUUCCAAAGUGCGCCUCAAGUUUCAUAUGCAGUUCCACUCCCCCUCCGCCCUCCUCAAGGACGGCAAGUACCACUGCUCCGCGUGCCCCGCCCACUUCAGCAACGAAACGGAACUGUUCGACCACGUGCACUUCAGACACUCGCGCCAGCGGCGAUGGCAGUGUCCGCUCAGCGGCUGCGGGAAGACCUUCCAUCUGAGGGCGACGCUAACGAAACACAGUCGCACGCACACAGACACGCGGCGGUACGUGUGCGUCACCUGCGGGAAACGGUUCCUCGACAAGCAGACGCUGGACGAGCACGGCGUCACACAUUUGCAGAUAAAGCCGUUCCAGUGCCACAUCUCAAAAAGAGAGCACGCAACGAAGCACCCAGAGUGUGUGGCGGCGGUCGCGAGCGAAGCGAAGCGGGACGAAGCGGGCGAACUGUCGCCGACCAGCGGGCUCGUUACACGCACGCAUAUACAGUCUGCGGGUGCGAGGGCGCGCGAGGUGAGCGAGGUGAGCGAGGUGAGCGGCGAGGAGAGCCGCGCGCUGCUGCAGGGGCUGGGCGGCGCCGCGCUGGCGUGCGUGCGCGUCGUGCGCAUCGACCGGGCCUUCCGCUGCGAGUAUUGCGAGGACGUUUUCUACUUAGAAGAGGCUCUCAACUCGCACAGGGCGAUUCACAAGGGCGUAAAAAAUCCGUUCGUGUGUCACAUAUGUAAAGUCAGCUUCGCUACGUACUCUAGGUGUACAACACACAAAACGACGCACGGCUUUUAUAAGCGCACCUUGACCGACUCCAACAAGGAGGGUGCGAGCGGUGCAGGGAUACUCGGCUACGGCGGCUUUCCGGUCGUCAAGCAUUUUCUGUGCGAGGAUUGUGGGCGGUCUUACCUCCACUGGACGUACCUACAAGUGCACAGACGUAUGAAACACGCGAAUGAAAACUUUCUGUUCAAAUGCAAUCAGUGUGAAUUGACCUUUCCUAAUAGCUGGAGUGUCGCGUACCACCGGAAGAAGGUGCACGGUAAGACUUGCCAAGAGGACGGCGGCACCACGAAGAUCGCUAGACAGGACUAUUACAGGAUACCGUGCCGCGACUGCGAGGAAGUGUUGCCAAACAAGAUUGAACUCUAUAAGCACAGACAGAAGAUGCACUGCGAUGAGUCGCUCGAUAACGAGCCAUUCGAAUCAAACACGCCGGAGCCAAUAAUAGACAAGGAUACGACAGUCUGCUCCAAGUGCGGACACAACUUGCACAAUGCGAAUGCUCUUCAAAAACAUUUUAAAGAAGUGCACGGCGCGGACGCGUGCGCGGCGGGCCGCAGCCGCCCCGCCGCCGCCUGCGAGCUGUGCGGCCUGGCCUUCAGGCGUUCGCGCGUCGGCGGAGCGGGAACGACGCGAGCGAAGCGAUGCGCCAGGUGUCGUCUGCGAACCGAUCUGAGGCAUCUGGCCGCCGGGAAACUUGUUGUUAUCGAGGUGGAAGGUUUGAAUCUCAGUCCGGAGAGGAUUCUACAACAUUUGGCCGAAAACAACAUCGAUCGCGACAAAGUAACGGACGUGUCUGUUGUUUCCUUCGCUAAGGGGUCCAGGAGUAUCAUACCGAAUUCGCAAAGAGCGUUGUCCCUGCUGAGGGCGCCGCGUACGAGGGUUGACUUGGACAAACGAUCGGAUAGUACAGAUAUAUUCACACAAGCAAGAGUGAAUAAGGCGACGCACACACCUGCGAUCCUGCAGCACGGCAGCCAAGUGUAUGGUGACCCUAAUUACACUGUACGGAAUCACGAUAUGCAGCCAAUAAACGUUCACCGCUUGCUACAAGAUGGCGCUCUAGCCAAUAGUCAAAUAUUGAAUUUAAGUAACGAUAAUUAGUGAAAUAUCAUUGCUAUGAUGUAAUGUUUUAUGAUUAAAGCUUUCAGUUUGUUCCUUGUUUUAUUUACCUUGUAUUAAUGCA